AUGCCGGCCAUCCCACCAUCCCCCCUGAGACUGUCUCACCGCUAUAGUCACAGCCAGUCCUCCAACCUCGAUUUCGACCCCAUCUCCCCCGGAACCUACGCUCCCAAUGGUUUCUCUCAGAGUCCUAUACGAUCGCCUCGGACGCCUCGUUCCUCAGCGCCCCCUUCGCCGGGGGAACCCCGCCAGCGGAAUGCGCAAGCCAUGAACGGGUCGUACAGGCUAUCAGGUGACUUCGGAGGCCCUGCAGACGCAGGGGGGCUGGGAAACCUUGCAGACGAACUCGCGGACGCGUGGGAUGAAGAAGAGGAAGGGGGUUAUGGCUACGUCUCUGGUCAGGACAAUGCACUGGGGGACCUACAGGACGCAACCAGAAGUGACGGAGAGGACGACUACAAUAUGGGACCGCGAUCGCCCUUGUCGGAUUACGCGCCGGGCCAUGUCUCGCUGCAACCGCCUCGGGUCAAAGCUCGCAACGGCACUCAACGAAAUCACCGGCGACAUGAAUCGCAAUACGACGGCUCCGACUACGGAAACGAGUCAGAUUUCGAGGAAGCGGCUGACAUAUCGCCCAGUCUUGAGGGGCAGAUGGCUGAGAUCGAAAGCUUAGCCCGGCGAGGGAUCGAGAACAACGGCAGUGAGAACGAUCAUGUCAUCAAACGCGUUGUUGAGACGCUCCGGGACCUAGGGAGCCAGAGCGGGAUCGAGAACAACGCCAUGAGAUUAAUAACAGCACACACCUCCAUCGCCUCACAUUUAACCCACCAGACCAGAACGCUUCAGACCCUCACGCACCCUCUCCUUUUCUCCCCCUAUCCGCUCCUCUCUCCGGACGCAAUUGAUGAGCUAAUCCCACUCAUCGACGAAGGCCUUCUGCCUAACCUGCCCUACCCGUUCCCCGGCCAGACACGUCACUCCAGACCGACCACACCUUCGCAGUCGCCUUCCUUGAACCCACUCGUCUGCCUCCAGACUCUUAUCGCACAAACCACGGACCUCACGCUGUCCCUCCGCGGCCUAAGCGACACCCUCUACGAAUCGCGACAGCUUACUGCAACCGCCUCGCGACGACUGCGGUCCGCACGAGAACUCGUCGCCGAGCUGCGCCGCGAGGAGGAAGGCCGCGAAGAAGGCACCCGGUGGAUCGAAAAGGGGGAUUGGGACCGCCGGUUGCGAGACCGCGAAGCUGGCCGCGUCUGUCGGGACGUCGUCAGUGGGUUCGAGGCCGUGUGCGGCGAAUGGAGGGAGAGGCUUUUUGGUGCGGCUGCUGUUGCCGCUCCUGGAGCGGAAAUGGCCGCUGCUUAA